UACUUUUCUGUAAUUUAUUUAUCCAGUUGAAAAUAUACAUAAAACAGAAGAAAAGCGAAAUAAAAUAUAAAUAUGAAUGACAUUUACAUUUUAAAAUAUUAUUAAGUGUAUAUUUGACUAGUUUCUACAUAAUUCCAUCUAAAUAUAUAAAACAUAAUUACUGGACCAGUUAGAACAUAUUUAAAAUAUCAGAUUUUGAGAAUAGUUGAACAUUCCAGGGUUUUGGAGCAUAACGUCAGUGGUGAUAUAGAAUUUUUUUUUUUUGGACAUACUUCAAUAUCUCAGAAUAUUAUAAAGUAAGAUACCCACGUUUAUAUUGUUAUUAUAAAAUCACUAUUAUUAAUAGUUUAGAAGUUUGAUCUAAGUGCCCCGUGAUGUAGUUGCAUCACCUUCAGUAGGUUCUAGUUCCUCCUUAUUUAUUUAUUGCUCUGUCCUCUGAUUGGUUCAUCAGCCCUCCUGUGGAUACAUCAUCUGGUUCCCAUAGGAUGCAGAUCAGUUUGUUCUCAGAGUCUUAGGGAACAUCCAUUGGCUCCAUUAUAACUGGAAUUUUUUUUCUUUUCAGUAUUUUAUCCUUUUGCAUUUCUAUUAUUUUUAUUUUGUUGUUGUUGUUGUCAUGAACCGUCUCCUGAAUCAACAACCAUUUUAAGGUGUUCAACAUCAACUCUUCCCGUGCAGAGACCUUGACGCUGCAGACUCCAUAAAUGCCUUUCUUUGAGGAAAGGCUCGGGCCAGUUAUUUUUCUGAAAGUGUACAAGCAGAAAAUUACUUGAUAAAGAUGGGAAAUAAGCAAACAAUCUUCACUGACGAGCAACUUGAUGCUUACCAGGACUGCACAUUUUUCACUCGCAAAGAAAUUUUGCGAUUGCAUGGCAGAUACCAUGAGUUGGCUCCACAUCUUGUACCGAUGGACUACACCAAUGAACCGGAAUGUAAAAUACCGUUAGCAUUAAUAGUGGACAUGCCAGAAUUAAAGGAAAACCCAUUCCGCAACAGGAUUGUAGAGUCAUUCUCAGAAGACGGAGCAGGAAACCUGAGUUUCAAUGAGUUUGUGGAUAUGUUUUCAGUUCUGAGUGAAACGGCUCCUAGAGAACUCAAAGCCAUCUAUGCCUUUAAGAUAUAUGAUUUUAAUGUGGAUAAUUACUUGUGCAAAGAGGACCUUGAGAAGACUUUAAACAAGCUGACGAAGGAGGAGCUGACUAGUGAGGAGGUGGAGUUGGUGUGUGAGAAAACCAUCGAUGAGGCAGAUUUGGAUGGAGACAAUAAACUCUCUUAUUCUGACUUUGAAAAUAUGAUAACAAGGGCUCCAGAUUUUUUAAGCACCUUCCACAUCCGAAUCUAAGAUGAUUGGAUGGACAACUUCUUCCAUCAGCAGCUGAAUGAAUCUCAGGACUCACAUUCUGGUCACAAUUGCUCUCUCAGUGAGAAAAAUGGCAUACAAUAGUCCAUCGUGUCUUCUUGAAAGGCUCUCACCAGUCUGAAGUCUGCUGAGUUUGAGGAGAUUUUUAAAUCAAUGUUAGAGAAAAUUCUUUCAGUGAAUGGCAUGACCAGAUUUCUUUCUGCAAAAAAUGUGUUUUCUCAUUUUAAGAUUAGAAAAAUAAGAUUACUAUGAAUAGGUCAGAUGUUUUGACCUACAAAGACACUUAGACAAUCAGUAUUUAUGGGUGAAGCUUGAAGUUUAAGUGCAGCAAUGUUUUUUGUUAGCUUUCUGUUAGCUAUGCAACCUUAUUUGUAUUUAUGGUGUACCCUUUUGUUGUUAAAUUGGCACACUAUGUCAUUCAGAUGUCUCUAUUCUCCAUACAGACGUAGAGCUGUGUCAUCUGACCUAAUUUCAUCAGCUUCUGUUUUCUGUCAUUGCACCCAUGCACUUGUUACAGCCAUUGUCAUGUCAUAGCUUCUGAUGUCUCAAGCUAAUUCGAGUGCUUGCCUUUCUUUAAAACAGAUUUUAUUUGUGUUUGUGUGUUGCGGCACAAUCAGGUGCUAUUUACUGUAAUUGUGUGUUUGGUUGUAUGUUACGUGAAAAUGAGAACAUCCUUGAAAGCUUUCACCAAA